AUGUGCAUCAAGUGUAAAACUUGCAGCGUCACUCUCAACCAAGACAGUGAAGACUUCGAAAACUGCGUCAAAGGAGAUGUUACUGAAUCAAAAUGGUACCCAAAAUACGAAAAUGGGCUCCCAGUGGUUUGUGCAAUUCUCAAGAGCCAAGAAGACUACAGUGUUACUUUUUAUGGCGAGUUCAAAUAUUCUCUUGAGCGUGGCGCCAUCACAAAAGUGAAUCCAGCUCAUUUCUACAACUGGAACGAAGCCAAGCUUGAGACCCGGCAAGAUACCGUUGUUUCUUGUGUCGGAGAUAAAUGCAACGGACUAUCUGCUACAUCUCUUCCUGUUCGGCCGAUUCAAGCUCCAAGGAACGCACAAAGAACGAAUUCAACGUGUUACUCUUGCAGCUCAGAUGAAAUCGGCCCUUGUUUUUAUGAUCAGUCCGAUAUUGGCGAAUAUGCUUCAACGACAACAUGUACUGAAGGAUGUCAAACUCGUUUCACUAUGAAUCGAAAGAAAAAUCCUCUCAGUUUCUUUGGCGAUUCCGAAUCUCGGGUCACUCGAGGUUGUGGCGACGAACCAUUGAAAGUGAGUACCCAAGAACUUUGGGCAUGUAUCGGUCACGAUUGCAAUUACUUUGACGACCCAAUGCUGCCCGAACGCCAACUUCCAAAUGAUCCGAUUCCCAACGAUGUGGAAGAGGUAUUUUGUGCUCAGCAAGAAUGCAUUGAGUGUCAACAUUGUGUCCAUAUUUUCAUCUACUCUGAUCCUCGUCAGAAGGGCUAUCCAUGUGGCCUUCGAAAAUUCAGACGAUUCUAUAAGCUUGGAGAUCAGACAAUCGAAAAUGUGUGCACAACCGAUUUUGGGCUUCGCGAAGAUGGUGGAUGGAGUCGAGUUGGCUUCAUUGAGCACAAAGUGACACCAAAGCCGAUGAGUACGGAGCUAGAAGAAUCAGUUCUUCUUGAAAACGAGAAAUACACCAUUAAUACUGUCCUAAGCCAAGCGGAAAGUGCCAGUGGCUGUCCUAUUUGUGUCGAAGGGGGUUGCAACAAUGUUACUGUUUUCAACAACUGCGCUGUCGAAGACAUUUGCGCCUCCGUCGUGACUACUCGUCUAUCAGACGCCGAAACAGUAGUUAUUCAAAAAUGCGCGACACCACAGCAGAUUAAUGAUUUCCAUAAUGGACGACGGUCCAUAACUCAACAGCUCAAGCGAAGUCAGUGUGAUGACUCGGCCGGAUGCAAUGAAGUUGGAUUUAAUCCCUACGAAUGGUCCUUUGAACCAAGUGCGAAUCUCAAGUACCCGCCACAAAUGCUCACAAGAGGUCAAUCUGAUCAAGUUAGAAUCGACAUGCAAGGCUCAACUCCAGCUUGUACUGACCCUUCGAAGUGCCUCACUUGCUACAAAUGCUCCUAUGUCUUGUUUGAAAUCGAUGGAGUAGUGACUGAAUCCGGCACUGCAUGCAAAGGCGACCAAGACACCAGUUCACUGGACCUCAUUCCAGUCUGGAAUACUUUCUGCUGGCCCGAACUCGCUGAUGUUGGAUAUGAUGGAAUUCACGGAAGCUACGACAACCUAGAAUGUCACGAAGAACAGAGCUUGCAUCAGAUGACCUGCGGAGUCGACACUUCCGUAGAUCGAUUUGCAGGCGCUGGAACUAAAAUGCUUCAAGUAAAUCGCUUCUACGCCGGUUUUGCUGGAACGUAUGAAUUCGGAAUCCCUGAAUUUGGUGGUGUCUACAAUAUCCUUAAAGAAACAAACGUCGUAGGCAAAUGCCCCGGCAAUAACUGCAAUGACAUCGCUCUUGAUCAAUCUUUGCCGAUCCUGGAUCUUAGUAAUGAGACUUACUGCAAGAGUUGCUUCUAUCAACGAGCCGAUAAUGCAUACACUCUUUACGGAAACUUUGGCGAUGAAGAUUGCCUCGAUAAUCCAAGAGAUGUUGGCUCUGGAAGAUGCAAUGAAAAUGAAGUGUGUACUAUCAAAAUCAAUCAAAUCGCACAUAAUCUCAACAAUCUCAAUCCAGGUCUCAAUUCAAGAGUCGAUACUAUCUCUCGUGGUUGCAUCCCAUGGCGCAUCCCAGGACUCCGACCAGAAGUGCAAAGUGACAUAAACCGAAUCGUCGUUUGCUUGACCAACGAAUGCAAUAGUCUCCUGGUUGACUUUGACGCAGAAGACCUUAUUCAACUACCACAGGCUGGAUCUUGGGAUCAACCAAUUGAUCCCGCUCUUGUGCCAUUCUCUUGCGGAACAUUCGAUAACGAAUGUAUCGGUUGCUUGAGUUGCGAGUCUGAUCAUGCUGAUCCUUCAAACGCGGAUAUCUGCAGAUACAGCCCUGAGUUGAUUACAAAUGGAAUCUUCAGACGACGCUAUUUUGAUCCGUUGAGAUCUGACUGGGUCAUCAACCAAUGUUCAACAAGAACAGCAACUAUCAGCGGCCCUCUCGGCAAUAGAAUCAACAUCAUGGACCGGGGAGUAAGCCAGAGUGAAGCAGGAGUCGAGGAUUCUUCCUACACUUCAACACUUUGCAAAGGUCACAUGUGUAAUGGCCAAGAAGAAGUAGAAACGCCAGCGAGCCCGAGAAUGUGUUUCUUGUGUCAGAACACUGCUGAAUGUAGAAGUGGCAUUUUCGAUGAAGUCGCGGCAGCAAGACAAAGUGAGUUCUGCAAGAGUGGAAUUUGCGAGACAAGAUGGAGUGGAGAAAAUGUCAUCAGGAGAUGCGUUGACAGUCCGGUCAUUCUUACCUACGCAAACGAUAUAUUCAGCACUCAAGAGGAGACAACUCCAUUCAAUGUCACCGUCGAAGAACAUGUAGAAACUUGCGAGGGAAAUUCUUGUAAUUCGAAAUUCGUUGGCGUCGACAAUCAAAUCUACGACGAAGCACCAGCAUUCGAGCCAAUGGAAGAGCCAUCUCCAGUUCCAAGACCAGAGUCAUGCGAUGAUCCACUGAACCCAGGUGUUGAUACAGAUCUCUGCAUCAAAUGCUACAACUGCCAAAACGUCGUUGACGAAAUUGACAUCCCCGAUGACGUUGCUUGUUACAACCAGUUGGAUUCAGCUUUUGAAAGUUACUUCUUCAAAUCAACUGCUGGAAUCCCAACGAUGUGUGGCCUCCGAGUUGACAAAAAGGUUUCUACCGAUGGUUACCAUUAUGUCAUCAAAAGAACAGCUUACAGUGGAAUUGACCCAUUGAGUGUGACCGAUGAGAAAAAUCAUCGGCUAGAAAUUUUCAGAUCGAGCCACUUGAAUUGCAAGGAUGAACUCUGCAACAGUUACGCAAUCAACGAGCUUCCAGUUCCUCCCAUUCGUCUACCAAGAUCCACAGACUCGAAAAAUGACGGUCUUCAGUGCUACAACUGUACCUAUUCUACCGACAUUGAUGGCGGCAACACAGAAUGUGCCUUUGAUCCAUCCUCAGUCGCAACAUGCGGACCAGCCGAGUACUGUGACCUUCGUGUCACUGAAACUAUCGAUUUUGAAACAAGUACCUUCGUUAACUCCCAGAAAUACGAAGUAGAACGACAAUGCAAACCUCAAAUUUACUAUGGUUCUUUCUUUUUCAAUUCUCGAACAAUUGAGACAUGGGCUUGUCUUGGAGAUUUAUGUAAUGGACAGACUGAGGAUGCCCAGCCGCCACCUUACCCAGAUGUGCCGAUAAGCGAUGAAAGGUGGCAAGAGCCGAUUCCAAGAGACGAAGUCGCCACGAUCUGUAACUGGGUUGAUUGCAUCGAGUGCCUUACUUGCGACAUCAGCUACGCUGUGAACCAGAACAAGCCCGGGCAAUCUGUUCUCGAAGAACAAUGCACCACCGAAUCUUAUCGAGCAAAUUAUCUGAAUAGAAGACAAACCUCUAGCCUCUGGUACAACCAGUGCUCUGUGCAAAAUGGAAUCCGUGUUAUUGGAAAAACACCAACUUAUUUCCUGAAAGCUGGUGUCGCUCGAACCGAUGAACCAGGCAAGGUCAUCAAUGGUUUGCUCAAGAAAGUAACUAAGUUGACUGAGGCACGCGAGUCUGUAAGAGCACUCAUCUGUGAUGUUUGUGAUGAUGCAGUCAGCUGCGAAGCACCGGAGGACACAUGUUUUGCAGAUAAUGGAGUCUGUGCGGCUGUAACAGAAACAGAAGAUGGAAUCGAAAAGUUGACUAGCAAAUCGUGCGGUUCUUACCAAGAAGCUCAGCUUUUCAACAGCGGUGUCGAUGAAAUCGUUGAAGAUUUUCAAACAGAAACCUGUGCCGAAUCGGACUGCUUUACGACGAAUGAUAUUGCUGAAAAACCGGAGUAUCAUCCAGAGCCUCCAACAACUGAACCACCAAGCACCCAAUCUUCCUCAACACAAUCGUCUACCCAGUCUUCUUCAACAGAAUCCUCCACCCAGUCCUCGACCACAACCACCUCCAGCGCCAAAGAAAUCAUGCUUAGCUCAAUUUUCAGCGUUCUUGCUGUUGUUUUAUUUUUCUAG